AUGUUCUUAAACUCUCUACCACAGCUACUUCUUAGGGAUGUGUUUGUUCCAAUUUCGAAGAAACCAAGUGAAGACGAACCAACCCAUGUUGCUUGGUUGGAAGCAAAACUGGCAGUUGGAAACGCUCAAGGAAUAAUGGAUUACUUAUCUCAAGAGGAAGAUUCGAUGUUCUUCGAUGCCAAGGAAGAGAUGGUUGCAUCAAAGCCAAGUGCUUUCGGUUUCCAUCUAUGGAAUGAUUCACCUAAGAGCGUGGUGGAGCGUCGGAGGAAGUUCUUGGAGUGGAUGGGAGUCGAAGAAGAUGUUGUUCAGUCGAAGAGUUUGGAUGUUGAAUCCGGUUUAGAUGUAGGAGCUCAAAAGAAUUGCGUUGAAGCUGAGCAGAGAUCUGAAGGAUUCAGCAGCUCCUCUAGCCUGUCUUCGUCUAGCUCAAGCGUUGAAGUUUCAGAGGAAUUGUCUCUGAGGGUGGAUAAAAACGUUGGUGGAUGCGAUGUAACGAGAAGACAAAGCUCUUCAAUGGCAUCAUGUUCUGGUUCUAGGUGUUGCCAGGUGAAGGAAACAGAGAAGCAGAGCAAUGUCGCUGGUCUAAUCACGAGUUUCAAGAAAGGAUGGUUCGCGAGGCUGCGGUCUAUGGGAUGUACCGCUGAUACAAAGGUCGAAACCAGCGGUCGAACCAGAGCUUCUUCUGGUUCUGGCCAUGGUGAUGUGAUUUCAAGAGUUAAGGUGAAGCAUUGUAAGAAACAGGCGAAGGAGCUUUCAGCUCUUUAUCAGAGUCAAGACAUUAAAGCACACGACGGUUCCAUCUUGGCUAUGAAGUUUAGCGGCGACGGGAAGUAUCUCGCGAGCUCUGGUGAAGAUGGGGUCGUGCGCGUUUGGAAAGUCGUCGAGGAUAAACGAUCUAGGCUCAGAAGGGAUUGCCUCAACGAGAUAAACCCUUCGUGUAUGUACUUUGAGGUAAACGAUCUUUCACAGUUGAAACCGGUUUUGUUGGGUGAGGUGAAACCGAACAAGACUACAGAAAGUUUCAGGAAAACAUCUGAUUCGUCCUGCGUCGUCUUCCCUUCUAAAUCGGUAGCAACGACUGUCUUGGAGUUUUCGCUCACAAUAGCUAUGUUCAACCCGGUGAAUGAGAAUUACUUCAUGAGUGGUUCCAUUGAUGGAAAAGUUAGGAUUUGGAACAUUUCUGGUUGCAACGUUGUUGAUUGGGCCGAUCUCAAAGACAUUAUAUCGGCCGUGUGUUAUCGUCCGGAUGGACAGGGAGGAAUCAUCGGUUCUCUCACCGGAAAAUGCAGAUUCUUUAGCAUGAAUGGAGAAUAUUUAGAACUGGACUCUCAGAUACAUUUGCAUAGCAAGAAGAAGUCUUCAAAUAAACGGAUAACUGGUUUUCAGUUUUUACCACAAGACCAGAGCAAAGUUCUUGUUGUUUCUGCGGAUUCCAAAGUCAGAGUUCUUCAAGGCAACAAUGUUGUUAAAAAAUACAAAGGCGUUUGCAAGACGAGAAGCCUCACAUCAGCGUCUCUCACGUCUGACGGAAAGCACAUAGUUUCAGCUUGUGAGGACUCCAAUGUAUAUAUAUGGAGCAAUGAGGAGGAAUCAAAUUCUUCUUCUUCUUCUUCUUCUUCUUCCCAAACCAAAAAGAUCCGAUCUUUCGAACGUUUCUCCACCAACGCAUCAGUUGCAGCAACAUGGUGUGGUUUCUCAGAUCACAACAGCACAACUCUCCCGUUUUCCUCACCUUCUUGCUUAUCACUCAACGAAGGAUUCGUCCCUGGAUCGAUCUCCAAAGGAAGCGCGACAUGGCCAGAGGAAAACCUACCCGCGGACCCUCUGUCUAAAUCCGCAAUGACUGCAUCUCAUUGCAAGUUCCUCAAGUCCUCUUACCAGAGAGCAACUAGCUCUCUUGCUUGGGGUAUGGUCAUUGUCACAGGAGGUUGGGACGGAAGGAUCAGAACAUUUCAAAACUAUGGCUUGCCUGUGGCUACAACAACUUGAAAAAGAAAAGAAAAAACGGUUUCUUUUUUUACUUUCCUAACUUGGGAAAAACAAAACCAAAUGCCAUUGUUCCUUUCUUGCUAGGCACAAGCACAUGGUUCUGUGGCAGGAGGUCUUACUAUGGUGGUGGGGUCCAAAAGAAACCAUUUCUGAGAUUGAUGCUAUUUGCUCAAGAGUCAAAAAGGAGAUUCAAGAAUGUGUUUUUGAAAGUCUCGUCUAGAUUAUAUGAUCCUGUAGAGAAAUCUUGCGGUCAGUGGGAGAUUUUCUUCCGAUGGGGGUUUGAUGUAGACGCAGGAGAUGAUAAGGAACAGAUGUUUCUUUAUUUGGCAGGAAGUGGCGGUUGGAGAUGGUUUCAAAGAGUACGGAUCUGUCUGAAAAUUUUGACAGGCUGAGUCUGAGUGUGGGGUCCAAUCAAAGAGGCAAGUGAUCAUGGAAAAGGAGUGGUUGAAGGAGAAAGAUGUUGAUGUUACUUACCUUCCACAGGAAAAGAUCCUCCAUUGAUAUCUUCUUUGAUCCUCUUUCUUUGGGGGGGUUAUGUGAUAAUGAUAUGAAUAGAAAAUUUCUAACGGCAGUGAGAAGUUUUUUUUGUUUUGUCCAUUCGUUGAUUCGGUGUAAUUUGAUUCUAACUUGUAGAUGAGUUUAUUUGUUUAGAUUUGAUUUUCACUUACUAUUAUUAGAGAGAAAAAUCAAUUGAUUGUAAGUUUCAUCUCCACUUGAGAGAGAGUGGCUCCGAGGCUUUGUGUUUGUAAAUUUUGUUUGUAUACAGCAAAACCUUUUUGAAUUAUAUAUAAGUUAGUGUAAUCAUUAUUCUAAUCUUAAUGGCAUUAACAAAC